AUGGAUGAACAAAUGAUGGGUGGAGGGGGAGAGAUGGAUGGACAUAUCAUGGGUGGAAGGGGAGAGAUGAAAGGACAUAUGAUGGGUGGAGGGGGAGAGAUGGAUGGACCUAUGAUUGGUGGAGGGGGAGAGAUGGAUAGAUAUAAGGUGGUUGGAGAGGGAGAGAUGGAUGGACAUAUGAUGGGUGGAGGGCGAGAGAUAGAUGGACAUAUGAUGGGUGGAGGGGGAGAGAUGGAUGGAACUGUGAUCGGUGGAGGGGGAGAGAUUGAUGGACCUAUGAUUUGUGGUUUGGAAGAGAUGGAUGGACAAAUGAUGGGGGGAGGGGGAGAGGUGGAUGGAACUAUGACGGGGAGAGGGAGAGAGAUGGGUGGACAUAUAGUGGGCGGAAGGAAAGAGAUGGAUGGACAAAUGAUGGGUGGAGGGGGAGAGGUGGAUGGACCUAUGAUGGGGAGAGGGAGAGAGAUGGGGGGACAUAUAGUGGGCGGAAGGGAAGAGAUGGAGGGACAAAUGAUGGGUGGAAGGGGAGAGAUGGAUGGAUAUAUAAUGGGUGGAAGGGGAGAGAUGGAUGGAUAUAUAAUGGAUGGAAGGGAAGAGAUGGAUUGA